AUGACCCAGGAUACUAGAUGCCCCCCUAUCACCUCUGAUGCGAACCAUCACAGUUUGGACGAAUUGCCUCAUGGGUUCAAAGCCUUCUGGGACGAUCCUAUGGACCAGUUGGUUUAUGUCAACCUUUUCACGGGUCAGAAACAAUACGAGUGGCCGGUGGGUAACGCUACAACCUCCUCCGACAGGCACGCGAGAACUCAAUCACAGGCGAAUUUCCAAGGUUCCAGUCACUUGUCUAGUGGCUCUAUCUACUCGUCGAAUCCGAGUGAGUUUCUUCCUGCGUACAAGGACGCGUUGGCCGAACUGUCUCCGCCACCUGACAUGAGGUUGAAGGGUAAAAAGUAUGUCCGAAUCUUCUCUCAGCAGUUUGACAAGAAAUUGUACGGAUGUAAGAAUCAUCGCAUAGGGCAUUGCUCUUGCAGAUAUGUCAGAUAA